CACCUCGAACAGUCACACAACAGCGGACCUCCUCCACUCCCAGGACAGCUGCAGCAGUCGCCCGAAAUGCAGAGUGUCGCCGUCCUCGCCUGCCUGCUGGCCGCCGCCCACGCCGGGAUCGUAGCGCCGGCCCACCUCCCAGCGGCUGCGCCGGCCCACGGCGUCGUCUACGACCACUACGCGCCGCCCAGCUACAGGUUCGACUACGCCGUGGCCGACUCGCACACGGGCGACGCCAAGACGCAGUUCGAGCACCGCGACGGCGACCGCGUCACCGGCGCCUACAGCCUCAUCGACGCCGACGGCACGACCCGCAUCGUGGAGUACAAGGCCGACGACCACAACGGCUUCCAGGCGGUCGUGAAGCGUGUCGGACACCCUACGCCGGCGCCGCCCAGGGCCGUGGUCGUGGCCGCACCUGCUCCGGCACCCGCCGCCCACGCGCCGGUGUACGCCGCCCCCGCCCCUGCUCCCGCUCCUGUCGCCCACGCCGCUGUUUACGCUGCCCCCGCUCCGGUGUACGCCGCCGCCCCCGCCCCCGCCGCCCACGCAGCUGUCCUGGCCGCCCCCGCUCCCGCCGCCCACGCAUACGCUUACCCGGCUUCCGGCCACGGUCCUGCGCCUUACCACGGUUAGAGGACCUGCCGCCCAACAGACUGCAUCGUUGUCCACCGCAUAGCUCUCGGCACGGGAGCGGUUUACAUGAAUGACCCGACGCCGCAUCGCUUAACUAACUUCGCCACUGUUGAUCCAUCAUCGCACGUUCAUCGUCCAUUUGCAUGUACAUUGUAAAACAUAUGAACACUGUAAAAUAAAAUUUAUUUUCUGAAAUUAA